GUCGCUGAAAACAUUCACCCCUUCACCACAUACACACACCGCUGGAGCCCAUUUCACAAUAAACGGAUGACGCGACUAACGCUUGUGAUCAAGUCAGCUCGGAACGUUUAUUUUCUCACAUCGCAAUGAAAUGAAGGGAGCAUGGGGGCCAAAGAGUCGAGGAUAGGAUUCCUGUCGUAUGACGAGGCCGUCAAGAGAGUUACCGACGUGGAAUUGAAGCGGCUGAAAGAUGCCUUCAAGAGAACCAGCGGCCUCUCCUAUUACAUGACCCAGCAGUGCUUCUACAGGGAAGUGCUUGGAGAUGGAGUUCCCCCUAAAGUUGCAGAGGUGAUCUACUCUUCAUUUGGAGGCUCGUCCAAAGGGCUGCACUUCAACAAUCUGAUUGUGGGUCUAGUGCUUCUGACCAGAGGACGUGAUGAGGAGAAGGCCAAGUACCUCUUCAGUCUGUUUGCCAGUGAUCUGGGUGGAUAUGCUGCCAGGGAUGAUAUAGAAGCAGUCCUGCAGGCCCUGGAUGGAGAAGUCCCAGCCUCUCUCAAGAAGUGCUUCUUUGAGGGUGACAAGGUGAACUAUGAGCGCUUCAGGACCUGGCUGCUGCAGAACAAGGAGGCCUUCACUCUGUCCAGAUGGCUUCUAUCUGGAGGAGUGUGUGUCACACUGACAGAUGACAGCGACACGCCCACCUUCUACCAGACCCUGGCUGGUGUCACACACUUGGAGGAGUCUGACAUUAUAGACUUGGAAAAGCGCUAUUGGCUGUUGAAAGCUCAGUCCAGAACCGGCCGCUUUGACUUGGAAACGUUCGUCCCGCUGGUGUCUCCUCCCAUCCACGCCUCACUCAGUGAAGGCUUGUUUCACGCCUUUGAUGAAAAUCGGGACAAUCACAUCGACUUUAAAGAGAUCUCUUGUGGAUUGUCGGCGUGCUGCAGGGGACCCGUUGCUGAAAGGCAGAAAUUUUGCUUCAAAGUGUUUGAUGUGGACCGUGAUGGGGUUCUCUCUCGAGAUGAACUCCAUGAAAUGGUGGUGGCCUUGCUGGAGGUGUGGAAAGACAAUCGCACAGACACACUCUCUGAGCUGCACAGUAGUGUGUCAGACAUAGUAGAGGGCAUCCUGAAGAUGCAUGACACAACCAAGCUCGGUCACCUGACCCUUGAGGACUACCAGAUCUGGAGUGUAAAGAGCGCUUUGGCCAAUGAGUUCCUAAACUUGCUUUUCCAGGUGUGCCACAUAGUUCUGGGGCUCAGGCCUGCUACUCCUGAGGAGGAGGGCCAAAUCAUCAGGGGUUGGUUAGAGAGAGAGAGCAGACAUGGGCUGCAGCAAGGCCAGAACUGGUUCCUCAUCUCCAUGCUGUGGUGGCAGCAGUGGAAAGACUAUGUCAAAUAUGGCAGUCCCUGCUCUUGUCUUCCUGUCCAGGAGCAUAAGGGCAUCGUGGUGGAACAGCCAUCCAUCCUGAGCUCAUUUCGAAGCCCGAUGGCCACAGCCAUUGUAGAACCUGCCCCACCCGACAGACUGGGAGGACUGGGAACCUUCAGCCCUGUCAGCCCCACAGAGGAGAGGUCACCUGAUGCUGUGUCCAGCGCCUCAGAGGCCACAGAAACUGCCAUGAGCCCCCAGGUAGCUCCCUCAGCUACAGAGAGCUGUUUUGCUCGUCAGCACAAUGUAUCAGACAACAACAAUCAGUGCUUUUCUGGAGCCAAUGGCCACCUCCCCUCCCAGCUGGCAGCACAGAGACCUGGAGCAAUCGACAACCAGCCUCUGGUCAACACCGACCCCAUGAAGGCCCCUACGUUAACCAUGGAGGGUGGUAGGCUGAAGCGCUCCUUGCAGCUGGUGCCUGGUAGAGACUUUGAGACGGUGCCAGAGCCGGUGUGGCGGGCACUUUACCACUGGUACGGUGCCAACCUCAGCCUGCCACGGCCGGUGAUCCUGGAGAGCAAGACAGGCCAAGCAGAGCUGGAGCUCUUCCCCCGUUACCUCCUCUUCCUCCGCCAGCAGCCGGCCACACGCUCCCCCCAGUCCAACAUCUGGGUCAAUAUGGGUAUGGCCAGCCUGCGAAUGUUCCCACCGUAUUUACCCCCACCAAGAGCAGGUAAUGUGCCAUCCCCCAAUGCCCCUCUGAAGAGGAUGCUGGCUUACACCGGCUGCUUCAGCCGCAUGGGCACCAUCAAAGACAUCCACCUCUACCUGUCACAGAGGCUCCGCAUCAAGGAGGAGGACAUGAGGCUCUGGCUCUACAACAGUGAGAACUACCUCACCCUCUUGGACGAUGAAGAUCACACACUGGAAAGUCUGAAGAUCCAGGAUGAGCAGCAGCUUGUUAUUGAGGUCAGGAACAAAGACAUGAGCUGGCCUGAGGAAAUGUCUUUCAUUGCCAACAGUAGUAAGAUGGACAGACACAAAGUUCCUACAGAGAAAGGAGCUACAGGCCUCAGUAACCUUGGCAACACCUGCUUCAUGAACUCCAGCAUCCAGUGUGUGAGCAACACCAAGCCUUUGACAGACUACUUCAUCUCAGGGAGACACCUCUAUGAGCUCAACCGAACCAACCCCAUUGGGAUGCGAGGUCACAUGGCCAAGUGUUAUGGUGACCUAGUGAUGGAGCUGUGGAGUGGGACACAGAAGAACCUGGCUCCACUCAAACUCAGGUGGACGAUAGCAAAGUAUGCCCCACGCUUCAAUGGCUUCCAGCAGCAAGAUUCCCAGGAGCUGCUGGCCUUCCUCCUGGACGGCCUCCACGAAGACCUGAACCGAGUCCACGAGAAGCCCUAUGUGGAGCUGAAGGACAGUGAUGGACGGCCCGACUGGGAGGUGGCCUCUGAGGCGUGGGAGAACCACUUACGUAGAAACCGUUCCAUUGUGGUUGAUCUGUUCCACGGUCAGCUCAAGUCCCAGGUGAAGUGUAAGACCUGCGGCCACAUCAGUGCUCGCUUCGACCCCUUCAACUUUCUGUCUCUGCCCCUGCCCAUGGACAGCUCCAUGCAUCUGGAGAUCACCGUCAUCAAACUGGACGGCUCCACGCCUGUGCGCUACGGCCUGAGGUUGAAUAUGGAUGAGAAGUACACUGGGCUGAAGAAACAGCUGAGUGAACUGUGCAGCUUGAAGCCUGAGCAGAUCCUCCUUGCUGAGGUCCAUACUUCUAACAUCAAGAACUUCCCUCAGGACAACCAGAAGGUCCGUCUGUCUGUCAACGGCUUCCUCUGUGCGUUUGAGGUCCCAGUACCAGGUUCACCGACAUCACUGAGCUCACCCACCCUGACAGACAUCACCCCUAUAGCCAAUGGCUGUGCUGCUAAUGGGCAUCUGGCUAAUACGCCCAUCCUCAUCCCUAAUGGUGGGCCCAGCACCAUGGUGCCCUGCAGCCCAGAGACGCCUGUGGCCAACGGGGUCGCCAAUGGACACAUAACACCAGUGCAGGAGAGCCCCUUCAUUGGAUACAUCAUCGCCAUGCACAGGAAGAUGAUGCGCACGGAGUUGUACUUCCUGUCAUCUCAGAAGAACAGGCCGAGUCUGUUUGGCAUGCCUCUCAUUGUUCCCUGCACAGUCCACACCAGUAAGAAGGACCUGUACGAUGCCGUCUGGAUCCAGGUGUCCCGACUGGCCAGCCCACUGCCCCCACAGGAGGCCAGCAACCACGCCCAGGACUGUGAUGACAGUAUGGGCUACCAGUACCCCUUCACUUUACGGGUUGUGGGUAAGGAUGGCAACUCCUGUGCCUGGUGUCCCUGGUACAGGUUCUGCAGAGGUUGUACAAUAGAGUGUACAGAGGACAGAGCUUCUGUGGGAAAUGCUUAUAUAGCUGUGGACUGGGACCCCACUGCCCUGCACCUCCGCUACCAGACCUCCCAGGAGAGGAUUGUGGAGGAGCACUGCAGUGUAGAACAGUCUCGUCGAGCCCAGGCUGAGCCCAUCAGCCUGGACAGCUGUCUGAAGGCCUUCACUAGUGAGGAGGAGCUGGGAGAGGAUGAGCUGUACUACUGCUCCAAGUGCAAGACCCACCGGCUGGCCACCAAGAAGCUGGACCUCUGGAGGCUGCCGCCCAUACUGAUUGUUCACCUGAAGCGCUUCCAGUUUGUGAACGGUCGCUGGAUCAAGUCUCAAAAGAUUGUCAAGUUCCCGAGGGAGAAUUUUGACCCCAGCGCCUUCCUGGCUCCCAGAGACCUGGAGCAGCACUGCCUCCACUCCCGCAGUGAGAGUGAGGAUCUGCUGAGGGUUGGAGAAGACAACCUGUCCUCCAUCUCUGCCCCCGCUGGCUUCUGUAACCUCCCCAAAGCCUCCCCUGCCUCAGGCAGGAAGUCAGCACCUUCUCUGAGCCGGACCAGUAGCCCCUCUGGCAGCCCAAAGACCAGCAGCGGAGGCCGCAGACCAGGCCGGCUACGCCUGCCCCAGCUGGGCAGCAGACACCGCCUCUCCAACAGCAAGGAGAACCUGGACGGAGCUGCUAAUGCUGAAGCCGAAGCACCACAGGCAGACACGGAGGGCAGCUCAGGGGCAGCGGCGUCAGGUCUGCCUGGAUCAGGAGAGCUGAUGGCAUCAGAAUCAUCCCGCAGUAGCGAGGCGUCCAGCAGCCACUGUGACGUGGUCCUGGUGAACGGAGACAGCAAUGGGCUGAGCUCAGACUGCAGCACAGAGAGCAGCAUGGACCCCGACAACUCUCUGCUGCAGCACAGAGACAACAUGUGUCUGGACGCCAUCUACAACCUCUAUGCAAUAUCAUGUCAUUCAGGAAUCAUGGGAGGAGGCCACUAUGUGACAUAUGCCAAAAACCCCAAUGAGAAAUGGUACUGUUACAAUGACAGCAGCUGCAAGGAAGUGCACUCUGAGGAGAUUGACACCGACUCGGCCUACAUCCUCUUCUACGAGCAGCAGGGAGUCGACUACUCCCAGUUUCUGCCAAAGAUUGAUGGCAAGAAGAUGGCCGACACCAGUAGCAUGGAUGAAGACUUUGAGUCUGACUACAAGAAGUACUGCGUCCUCCAGUGAUCGCAGCUCGUCUUCCAUCAGCCAGCACUACACCUGCUCUGCUUUCAGCCUGCUGCCUGAGCAGGAACCACCACUCAUUCAGAUCCUUCUGAAGAAUUCUCACAAACUGCUAAAGACUAGUCGGACUGUGCUCUCUGUCUUUAGGGAUGCGUCGCAGCACUUUCUACACUUGAUCGCAAACAUGGAUGAGCGAAAAGGUUUGCCAAGACAACAAUGAAGCCCCCCUGUGAAAGCACUAAACUGGUGCACUUUGCUGAGCCCAACGAAACAACCCCCACCCUCCCCUCCUGUGAGCCUCGCCAUUACAUACAUGUAACAUAUACUUGCAUACUAACGCAUCUCUGAAUGUACGCCACAUUGGCCAAGUCAUGAGGUGAUUUCUUAUUCCGCAUUUAGCACUUGUGAUGUCAGGAUGAAACAAAGACAUUUACACCUGGAGGUAAUAUUUACCUGAAGAGGGAAGAUGUGUUCCAGGUGUAAAUACAAGGCUGAUAAUUGGAUACGGCUUGAGUUUAAAUGCCAACUGUAAACGGAGCCCAACAGUUAAAGAACUUGUGUGUUGGUGUCACAUUUGGUGCCACAGGCCAACCUGAAAUUUGGUAUCUAGAAUAUUGGAUACUGUGACGAGCUUUUAAAGAAUGGUUCUCCAAAGGUUUUAUUAGCGAUAGUGAAACUAGGGAAAACAUUAGUCAUACGCUACCUCAUCGCUUCCCGCAGUCUGCCAGCCAACUGUACCCUAAAAGUCUGUGACAGUAUUAACAAUUAUUCAACGCUUCCUUCCAGUCUAAGAGACAUGGUACAAACAUUUCAGGAACACCCCCCCAUCAAAAACAUAAUCCACCCCUUCCACUACCCCUCCAGGACACUCACACAGGUCCUGAUGUUAACAUGAAAUUAGGCAUUUUUGCCAACACUGUGUGUCAUCCCACAGCUGCCAAAUAUCUGUGGUGAUUUGUGCAAUGUUGACCUGUGUGUAGCUACAACUCCUCAAACCCAGACACACAGUGAGUGUGAGUCUGGGUUUGUUUAGGACAGGUGCCAUGAUUUCAAAAGAGACAUACAUAAAGAUUAAUAUGCGGUAACAAUUCUUUUCUGCUGAUGUGCUGUUGUUUUUUUCAGAUUUCUUUUAUUGUUGUGAUUUUUUUCUUAAGGCAUGCUUCAGGAGCCUCUUCACAUCAGGAAAGAAUAUUUAACAGGAAGCCUCACACAGAGGGAGCAGCUUAUCUUUGCAGUGCUGGUGCAACGUGCACCUCGACUGCUUCCUCAAUUCUCUGCAGCUGAAAGAAACUCAUCUCUAAUUUCCACACCCUCCUCACUAAGGGACCAUGGAAAAGCUGGAAGAUUAGGGAGGACUUCUGUCAAAAAGAAUCUUACCAGCUAUUUUGACAUGAUUUAAUGAGUAACUUGAGACAUUUUCAGAUAGUUUCAAACAGCAAGGAUCAGAAUCGGUGCAGCAGAACCAGAGACAUUAUUUUUUUUAUUACAUUUAUUUACCACAAUCACGAAAACAUCUUAUUCUGACUUUUCAGACUGCAGUCUUUAGACCCAGCUGACACCAUUUUAAGUUUCAUCACUUAAAGACUUUAUACAGCUGGAGACAUUUUCCCAUAUGUAGCCGUGCUCCCCAACAUGUGGAAAGACACAUUUGAUCCUUUCAGACAUGGGAUAGGAAACUUUACUGCGUCACCUACCAGCUUUCUGUCAUCCAAACAUAGAUCACUGUUCCAUCAGCGGUUUUCAUUCAGACAUACCUGCCACAGUGACAGCAAGAUCCACAGAAUGCACACGAUAUUUAUCAGACACCUGAGAUUGGACAGAACAUCGAAUGAUGCAAAACAUAUGAUAACGUAUUUAGAAACAACAGACCAAAUGUAAACCCGUCAUGUAACAAAUGAUUUCCCUGCAGCUUAUAAAGUGUCUGGGAUAAAGGAAAGGUUCUUCAUCCCAGUGUGGCCUGCUGUUAGAUCCUGACUGAUGCCGUCUCCAUGUCAGGAUCAUUUUUACAUCUAAGUAAUUAAUGAAGUUCAUACUGUCCUAGUUCUUAAGAGAUGCUCAUAUGGGUCCUGCUGUUGACUGAUGCUGCAGUAAUUCUUUAAACUCAGAGAAAAGACUCCCACAAACAGCUGGAAGUAACAAAGUAAACUUUAAACUCUGAUAAUAUGUUUUUAUCAAAACCCAGAUUCCGUUUAUUUUACAUUAGGAGUGAAAAAGGAGUGAAGGUCUGAAAGGGGGAUUUGAGGUAUAGAAAUCAGUAGAGUUUUCCUUUGACAACAGGCUGAAUAAACAGCCACUCUGUCCUCUCUGUUUCACUAUCACUUCUGUAACCACAGGCUUCCUGGUGUGCAUCUGUACAUCACUGCCAUAGACUGUAUAGAAACAUGGUUGAUUCUUCCUCCCAUGAUGGUAAAGUGAAAUAUUAAAGAAUGCUGGUGAUACCAUUUCCAACUAGUGUGCACACCAGUGACCACAGGAGACGUGAUAUUGAGGUCCCACCUCCUGCCUGACUGUCCUGACUGUUAUGGAUGCUCUCUGUAUGUCUGUCAUUUAUUUGCUGAUGAUGAUUAAUAGCUGCUGCUUCCCCUCAUAGAUUUUUUGUGGCCGUAGCUUCGUAUUUAGGGCUGAGCAGGAGGGGAGAACUCACGUGUUGAGCCGUCUUUAUGUACAGUCUGUGAUGAGGCAGCAAAGUUAAACCACUAAAAUCGACGAUGAAAACCAGGUGUGUUUAGCUAAUACCAUUAAACCACAACGUAAUCGUACAUGGUCAGGGUCUGAGCAGCUCUUGCAUUUGUACCAAGUAUUGUUGUGUAUUUAUUUGCCCCUGUGGACAAAUCGGAUUAGGAUUUCUUUGGGGUUCUUUACCUAAAUGUUGCAUGUUCCUAAACACAUCUGUGUUUAAUUCAUUUAUAUCAUUGGUUGCUUUUCCUAUUUUGUGGGAGGGCCCCCUAGUAGGUUAAUCCCACCCUGAUGGCUCCUAUAGACUCCAAUCAUUUUUCAUUCAGAAGAGAUUUGCCGCUGUAGAAAGAAAUAUGACCACUGUGUCCACUUACAUUGACAUCAUUUCAGGUGACUGCUACCAUAAUGGCAGCAGACAGUCGUACAUUUCAGCCUGUUUGGGGAUGAUGGUUUAAGAUUUUUCUCGUAAAUUAAUAAAAAAAUAUUUAUUUUAUUUAAAUAAAAAUUAAUUUGGUCAUUUGUUUUUAGGAAAUGUAGAAUUGCAGAGACCCAACUCAACUGUCUCAGGAUUUUGUUCUUCAUUUUCCCUAGAUAAGAUGCGCUUUCCAGAAAAAAUCCACGGGAAAUGUCAGUCUCAUAUAGCAUUACCUUAACCCCAUAGACAGCUUUACUGAUAUCAGAUGCUUUGAAAGUAACCGAAGCCUGUUAAACCUGUAUGUGUCAGAUCUGUAAAAGCUUCGCUGCAUCACUGGACCCAACAUUUUUAGCUUAUUCUCUAUGUCUAAACUUUUAAAUAGUGUUCCUCCUUUUAUCGUAAGGCCUAGCUGCUCCAUGUGACUGUUGAGGUCGAAUUAACAAACCCAUGUUUGUGCUGCGUGAACUCCAGCAGCAGAGCUCUGUGUACAGCUCCUCCUGCAGGGUUCAGUCUAAUCACUGUGAACAGACGGUCAGCAUUCCCCAACCUGUGGUCUGGAUCACAGAGCAGAUGAGCCUCUGUGUUUGCCCCCUUUUAGCUGCUGUAUUUGUGAGGAGAAGGCGUCAUUAUGGAUGUAUUUGGAGAGAUCUGUCACUGAAUGAAACUUUAUUUUCCUUUGGAAAGAGUACGUUUGUUGAACAAAUGGAAAUGUACAGAUGAGUGCUAUUUAUGUUUCCUUGCUCAGCUUUUUUUUUCCUCCACCCUCCUGCCUUUGCACCGAGUUGUAGAGCAUGUCCAGUUUGUGUCCGUGUUUGAAACGUCAUCACAUGGCUCAAAGGGAAAACUGUACUGAGGAUUUGUCUCUUGAGAACCCAGUUUGUAAUGUGUGCUUCAUUUAAAGGUGCAAUAGAUGUUGACUUCUUUUUGGGCUGUGAAUGUGCCCUCAGACGACCUGUAGCUUUAACUGUAUUAGCAAAAAUGCAACAUUUUAAGUUGGGGUUAAUUUUAGCACAAUUUCUGUGAUCCAGGAACUUUUCUGCCCAGCAGAACUGAGCUGUGAUGCUUACAUUGGGCAAACACUGAUCCUGUAAAACACAGGGCUAAUAUCUGAAACCCUGCCCCUCCCUGAAGCCCCACCCAUGGCCCCGCCCCCAGAUGAUUAGUUUGGAGUGUUGCCAGGCAGUGCAAUCUACUACUGAGCUGUCUGUCAGUGUCUGUAGCCUCUUUUUAUUUAAGUUCAUUUCUGUCAGAUCUGAACCAGACGUGUUAAUUUAAAGAACUUUUUGUAAGGUGUUGUUGAAAGAAAGUGACAUUGCACUGACAUGAAAACAUGUACAUAAAAAAUGUGUUUUGUAAAUAAGCCAAUGAAAACUAUGUAUUUGAAUAUGAACUGUACAAAAUACUGUACUUGUAGUUGUAUAUGGAGUGAUACUGUUGAUCUGUAACAAAAUACCCAAGCAACAAAUUAAAUUCUGCAGAGGAAAUGA